AUGGUGGAGAAAGGAAUCCGUGUCUUCAAAGAUGAUGAGGAGUUCGAGUCGGUCAGAAGAUUAGUGGACAGCUCUUGCGGGCCCUUGCCGACACCAGAUCUAUAUCCCUAUCUUCUCCAAGGGCUUCGCUUCCAGUCCGUGGUGUCUUCGUACGGGGAACUUACAAAAUUGAUUAUUCGAGAGCUUCUACUUAAGCUGAAGGGAAAUAACAGAUCUCUUCCUGACCAUCUAGUUGAAACGGAUAAUUUAAAACGUGUAGAAACAUUGUUGGAUGUUGACUCUAAUGACCAUGUACGAUUCCUUAUAAUCCAUGGAGUAGGUGGUAUUGGCAAAUCAACACUUGCUAGCAUUAUCUUCAACCGAUUUCGGUCUAAAUUCGAUUGUAGUAGUUUCCUCGAUGAUGUCCCAUGUCAAGGUCUUUUAGACGUGCAAAAGAAAUUGCUAUUUGACACAUUGGGCUCAACCUCUAUUGAUGGAAUCCAUGACCCCAAUGAUGGGAUCGAUCGUAUAAGAAGAGGUCUUAUCAACAAGAAAGUUCUAGUUGUUGUUGAUAAUGUGGACAAGAAGAGUCAACUCGAUAAACUUGCAGGGAGAUGCGAUUGGUUUGGUUCCGGAAGUAGGAUCAUUAUCACAAUUAGGGACAAAAACACAUUACUAGAUAAGGGCUACCAAAUACUACCUAACAAUUACUUGGCCUACCCAAUGUUGGAGAUGCCUAUAGAUCAAGCAAUUCAACUUUUCAGUAGGCAUGCCUUUAGAAGUGAUACUCCUCUAGAAGGUUGCUACAAUUUCUCGAAAGAAGUCGUUUCAAGCAUAGGAAGGCUUCCUUUGACUUUGGAAGUUGUGGGUUCUUGUUUUGCCAAUACAAUUAGAUCAGAGUGGGACGAAACAUUGGAGGACUUAAAGCAAGUGCCACAUAGGCGCAUAAGAAAUACACUGAUGAUGAGUAUCAAGAGAUUGGAUGACAUAGAAAAAGCCAUAUUCCUAGACAUAGCAUGUUUUUGCAUAGGGGAGGAUAAGACUUAUGCGGAUUACAUGUGGCGUAGUAGUGGAUAUUCUCCACGCAGCGCAAUUGAUAUUGAUGAGUUCAAUAGGUUCUGGAUGCAUGAUGAAGUUCGAGAUUUAGGAAGGUACAUUGUCAAGGAAGAGAAUUUGAAGAUGCCGGAGAGCGCUGAAAAACGAGCUAUACGAGCACUCAGUUUGGGUAUUAGUUAUGAGUUAGCAGCUGAAGAAUUAGCCUAUUUGCCAAUGCUGAGGUUCCUUGGAGGGGAGAGACUGAAUUUGGUAGGCGACUUCAAAAAUCUUCUUCGUAAUUUGAGGUGGUUUUCUUGGUGUCAUUGCCCGUUGGAUUUUUCAGCGACGAAUCUUCAACUGGUGAAUUUGGUUGUGCUCAACCUUUCGGGGAGCAAGAUCACUCACAAUUGGGGUGGAUGGAGGCAAAUCAAGAUGGCGAAAAAGUUGAAAAUUCUAGAUUUGACGCAAUGCUAUGAGUUGACUAAGACACCUGAUUUUUCAGAGUUUGACAAGUUGGAGAAAUUAAUUCUCGCAAGAAAGUUGAGAGCUGUCGAAGGUUUGAAAGAAUUGAAUUCUCUAAAGAAUGUGAAGAUUAUAGAUUGCAUGUCCCUGGAAAGCUUGCCCGAUGUGCCGACAUUCACCAAGUUGGACACGGACUGGAGGUUGCGUCGAGAAGCUGCAAAACUCGCCAUUCAGUCUACCGUAUUGGGGAAGCGAAUGCUACGUUGGAAAUUGCAAAACUUGAAGUAG